AUUAGCUAAAAUGUCACCUUUUAGGAAGGCCUUCGUUAAUAUUCCAAUCUAACGUAUUUCCCCCAAUUCUAUCACACCAUCUUGUUUUCUUUACAACCUUUAUCACUAUCUGAAAAGAUUUAUUCCUUGCCUUCAAUACACUGCAACGUAAGCCUUAUUCAUUGUGUUUCCCAGUGCCUAGUACAGUACUGGGUAGCAAGUAAGAACUCAAUAAUAAAUAUUGAAUGAAGAGACGGAAGUCUGAGGAAUUUGACGAAUGAGAUGCAAAAGAGGUUCAAAACCUGUAAAAUCAAACAGCAUUAGCGCCCUCUGCAGGUGAGGGGGGAAGUAGGUACUUGAAGAACGACCGCAGGAGCUCAGGCACUUCUCGCCCUGGCAAAAGCUUUCAGACUACAACUCCCAAGCAGCUACUAGGAGUCCCAGGGCUUGAUGAGAACGGUAAACCGUGACCUGUUACGUCCCUGCCCCGCCCCCCCGUCGGUCGCCCGCGAAAUCUGAUCCGAGAUAUGGAGGUCCAAUCGAAAGAUAGGCCCAAAUCCCGCGAGAGUAAGAGGCGCGUAGCAACUGAUCCGGCUAAGAAUUCCCCUGCUUUCAACUUUCGUGUCCCCGUCAGCUUUGCCUGCCGGGGGUCGUCUGCCCCCUCCCGGAAGAAGAAGGAAGGCACAGGUGGGUUUAUCCAGCCUGCGUCCCGGAUCCUCGAGAACUUUGAAGCUGUCUCGGUCGCUCCGCAGGCCAGGCAGCUGGUAGCCAGUGGGAAGAGGGUUGCCUGGCAGAGGCCAUUGUCUGCCGCGCAGUAUGAAGACGCCGGAGGCGCCACCGUUAGCUCCGGACUGCCUGCCUUCAGACCAGGUCCCAGCUCCAGCCCGUCUUUCUCCUCAGGCUUCCUCGAUGGAUAAAAAUACGGACCCUGAACUGAUGCCACCGCCAUCCAAUGGGGGUGAUCCGCCCCUCAGGUCCCCAGAUCCCGUGUCUGGCUCAGCUGUGUCCCAGGAGCUGGAGGAGGGGGACCCAGCUUCUCUCUCCAUUCCCCUGGAAACAGAAUUUGGCACUUCUAGUAAGUUGAGCCCUCGAAUCGAGGAGCAAGAACUUUCUGAAAAUAUGAGCCUUCCUGCUGAAGAAACGAAGAGGCCAGAGUUGGGGUCUGGAGAAACCAUGGAAUGUGUGUCUGAGGAACCUGCUCCUGAGGAUGAAGAAUACCUUACUUGGAACUACAGCUUUUCCCAGCGACCUCCGUUUCUCAGUGGUUCCUGGUCAGAGUUCAGCACCCAGCCUGAGAACUUCUUGAAAGGCUGUAAGUGGGCCCCUGAUGGUUCUUGCAUCUUGACCAAUAGUGCUGAUAACAUUCUGCGGAUUUAUAACCUGCCCUCAGAGUUGUAUAAUGAGGAGGAGCAGCUGGAAUAUGCAGAAAUGGCCCCUGUCCUUCGGAUGGUGGAAGGUGACACCAUCUAUGAUUACUGCUGGUAUUCUCUGAUGUCUUCAGCCCAGCCAGACACCUCCUAUGUGGCCAGCAGUAGCCGGGAGAACCCCAUUCACAUCUGGGAUGCAUUCACUGGAGAGCUCCGGGCUUCCUUUCGCGCCUACAACCACCUGGACGAGCUGACAGCAGCCCACUCGCUCUGCUUCUCUCCGGAUGGCUCCCAGCUCUUCUGUGGGUUCAGCCGGACUGUGCGUGUCUUUUCCACAGCCCGGCCUGGCCGUGACUGUGAGGUCCGAGCCACGUUUGCAAAAAAGCAGGGCCAGAGUGGCAUCAUUUCCUGCAUAGCCUUCAGCCCAGCUCAGCCCCUCUAUGCUUGUGGCUCCUACAGCCGCUCCCUGGGUCUGUAUGCCUGGGAUGAUGGCUCUCCUCUCGCCUUGCUGGGAGGGCACCAAGGGGGCAUCACCCACCUCUGCUUUCACCCAGAUGGCAACCGCUUCUUCUCAGGAGCCCGCAAGGACCCUGAGCUUCUGUGCUGGGAUCUUCGGCAGCCUGGUCAUCCACUGUGGUCCCUGAGUCGUGAGGUGACCACCAAUCAGCGCAUCUACUUUGAUCUGGACCCGACUGGACAGUUCCUAGUAAGUGGUAGCACUAGCGGGGCUGUCUCUGUGUGGGAUAUCAGCGAGCCUGAGCGUGAAGGGAAGCCGGAGCCAGUGCUGAGUUUUCUGCCCCAGAAUGAAUGCACCAAUGGAGUGAGCCUGCACCCUAGCCUGCCUCUGCUGGCCACUGCUUCUGGUCAGCGUGUGUUUCCGGAGCCCACGGAGAGUGGGGACGAGGGGGGGCAGGAGAUGGACGUUCCCCUGCUCUCCAUGCGCCACACCCACCUUGAAUAUCAGCUUCAGCUCUGGUGGUGUGGGGGGAGCCCAGACACUAGUAUUCCUGAUGGUCACCAGGGUGAGAGGGGACAGGGAGGGACAGAGGGAGGUGGGGGUGAGUUUAUAUAAAAAGGUGUUAUAUGAUA